AAGGCGGGAAUCUCUCUCUUCUUUACUCAUCUGACUGACUACUCUCAUUCAAGCUCCAUUAAUGGCGGUCCAACUUAAGCGCACUUUCCGCUAUCAAUAAUAUUCAAAUUCAUUACUCUAAUCCUCGUCUUAUCUAUUGUUUAAGUUAGGUGAAGAUCCAUACAUUGUUUCCUUCUGUUUCGGCGCGCAAGAUAGCUUAUACAAAUUUGAAUUGUCCGAUUGAUCAUUUUCAAAGAGCAGGUGUAUAAUGUUGGUGAAGUUUGGACCAGACUAAGAAUGAGCACCGAAUACAGUUGCACCAGUUUUAGCCGAUUAUCCUUCGACGCCGUCGAUUUACCGUCAUUGAAAGAUCAAAAGUCGCCGGAGAAUCUCUCUCUGAAGCCACACAGAUCCUCCGAUUCGUCGUGGCAGGCGAUUCGAUCGGCGCUUUUCCGGCGUAAAGUAUCCGGACUUAGCUUCCGUGAUUUCCGACUAGUACAACAGAUCGGAAGCGGCGACAUCGGUAGAGUUUAUCUCUGUAACCUCCAUGGCCACGACGAUAAUAGCUUCUACGCGAUGAAGAUCGUCGAUAGACAGAUCCUUGCCGCCAAGAAGAAACUUCAUAGAGCUGAGAUGGAACGGAAGAUCCUCAAGAUGCUCGAUCAUCCUUUCCUCCCUACUCUUUACGCCGAAUUCGAAGCUUCAAAUUUCUCAUGCGUCGUCAUGGAGUAUUGCUCCGGCGGCGAUUUACAUUCCCUAAGACACAAACAGCCUCAGAAACGCUUCCCGUUAAGCUCCGCAAGGUUUUACGCAGCAGAAGUUCUCGUGGCUCUAGAAUACCUUCAUAUGCUGGGAAUAAUCUACAGAGAUUUAAAGCCGGAGAAUGUAUUAGUCAGAUCAGACGGCCACAUAAUGUUAUCCGAUUUCGAUCUCUCACUCUGUUCAGACACAAUCGCCGCCGUUGAAUCCCCUGAACUCUCCCCGCCGGACCAACUUCCGGCGGUGGAUUCAACCACGCCAUUCUCCUGCAUCUCGAAUCGUCUAUUCAGAUCUAAGAAAAUCGAAAACCUAACGAAGAGUCGUAUGUUCGUGGCUGAACCGGUGACGGCCCGAUCAUGCUCAUUCGUCGGGACACAUGAAUACGUGGCGCCGGAGGUCGCCGGCGGUAGGUCACAUGGAAACGCGGUAGAUUGGUGGGCGUUUGGGAUCUUUAUCUACGAGAUUAUAUAUGGACGAACGCCAUUCUGCGGGAACAGUAAUGAAGAUACGCUGCGUAACAUUGUAAAAAUGCCGCUUAAGUUUCCGACGACGAUGGUGGGUAGCGCGAGUGAGAUGCAGGCGCGUGAUUUGAUAUCGGGUUUGUUGGUAAAGGAACCGGCGGUUCGACUUGGGUCGAGACGUGGGGCGGCUGAAGUUAAAACCCACCCGUUUUUUAAAGGGCUUAACUUUGCACUUGUGAGGACUCUUAGGCCGCCGGAUAUUCCUCAAGGAAUUCGGAGACGGAAGAUUCCACCGAUCACCGCAGUUAGGUUUCCGACGAAGAAUGUUAAUAACUGCGCAGUCACGUUCGACUGUUUUUGAUCUUUAGAAUUCAUUUGCC